CGUACAUGCGCAACAGAUGCAGUGUUGCCAACCGCGACAACAAUAUGACUGCGCUUGGAAGAUGAUAGGCUUCUAAUUCUGUUGUUGCCUACACACUGGGAGGAUUUGAUAGCCUACAUUACGUGCUUGUCUGAUUGUAGUUGAUAUUCGGAGUAAAUUAGUCUUGUUGAGUCCACAUCCAACUUCUGCCAGUAUUUUUGUUCAAGGUGUACCAUAAUAAAUAAGGUACUACUAUUAAAUAACCCUAUCCUCUACGAUGAGGAUAAGAAGAGUUGUGAAGACAGUUUUGAGUGUGGAGCAGGUGGAAGGUGUGGGAGCCCAUGUCCGCAGAAGCAUAGGAAGAAAGGAGCUGAUUAACCUGGAUCCAUUCUUGAUGUUGGAUGAGUUCAAAGUCAAAAAGCCGUCUGGCUUCCCUGAUCACCCCCACAGAGGCUUUGAGACCGUGACCUACGUUUUGAAAGGCGUUUCAGCCCAUGAGGAUUUCUGUGGCCACGCUGGACUCCUGAAACCAGGGGAUUUACAGUGGAUGACGGCAGGCCGAGGGGUGGUCCAUGCAGAGAUGCCUGUGUCUGAGGAGCCCGUUCAGGGCCUGCAGCUGUGGGUCAACCUGAGGAGGGAGGACAAGAUGGUGGAGCCCCAGUACCAGGAGCUGAAGGACAGCCAGGUCCCCAAGCCCAGCAGGGAGGGGGUCACUGUAGCUGUCAUCUCUGGACAGGCCCUGGGGGUACAG